GUUUUGGGAGGACUGUGCCUGUGGGAUGCACUCACGUUGCAGCAGUUUGGAGGGAGCUGUUGCUGAUGAGAUGGAGGCAUGCUGGAGAAGCUCUCAGUGAACUGUCUCCUGUGGGAUGGGCCCUGCAGUGCUGCAGGAGAAGGACUCCUCUCCUGAGCAGCAGGAGAAGCCAGGGUGAUGAACUGACCAUAACACCCAUUCCCUGUCUCCUUAUGCCAGCUGGAUAGGAGGUGGGAGACAUAACCAUGGAAAACACUGUGCCUGCCAGGAAAUGAUUCACUAGCCAGGGAGGCAUUUUGCACCUCUCCAGGACACCACAGGCAUGGUCCUGCCAGAAGCUUUAUCAUGAACAUGUACCUGUUUGUGUAUGACUUAAUGCAAUUCUGUGGACAUUCUUGGAUAUUUACAAAUAUGAUGAUCAGGUUCAUGACAUUUGGAAAAGAUUCACUGGCUGACACGUUUCACUCCAUAGGACUUGUAAUGCGCCUCUGCCAGCUGUUCUCUGUGUUGGAGAUCCUGCACAUCCUCAUUGGCAUUGACAAAAGCCGUCUCCUCCCCAGGUUUCUGCAGAUCACUGAGAGAAUAAUCAUUUUAUUUGUCGUGAUCAACAGUCAGGAAGAAGUUCAAGGGAAAUAUGUCGUCUGUGUUUUAUUUUUCCUUUGGAAUUUAUUAGAUGUGGUCAGGUACACUUACAAUAUGUUGGCAAGGAUGGGCAUAUACUACCUACCACUAACAUGGCUCAACUUCUCACUGUGCAUCCCGCUUUAUCCCCUUUCAGUUCUGGCUAAAGGAUUUGCAAUUUGUGUAUCACUGCCUUAUUUUGAAUCCUUUGGCACAUACUCUAUCAAGCUACCAUUUCCAUUCACCUUCUCAAUCUACUUCCCCUAUGUUCUGAAAAUGUACCUGCUAGUGCUCUUUGCAGGUAUGUGCUUUAUCAUCCGGAACCUUAUCUCUGAGAGAAUGGCACACCUAGGGACAGGCAACAUCAAAAAUAAAAGAAGCUAAGUUGAUAUUUUGUUUGGAAGGACAAAAUAUAUUCCUAGGGGAUUGCUGCACAUCAUAGAUAAAAACAAACUGGAAAGAUUUCUCAAUGCAAAACUCCUCUUUGCAUGAACAUUAUCUGGCUGUGUAGAAUUUUCAGAAAAAACAGAUCUCUUGACUGCACCUCAAAAAUACAGCAGCUUUUGAAAACUUUGGAAUGUGUUUUGAAAACUCUUUGACUUCAAGUGGCAAGAGUUUUUUUAAAUUAAUUUUUUUCUAAUAUAUGUUACAGAAUUCUGAAAAAAAUGAAGCAUGCCACAACUCACUGCCAUGCCCUUAUUUCAGUGUUAAUUCUUACCUAUAGCUACAGAUAUUCUGUAAUGACAAUAUCAUUUAAUCUGUAAGAUUAUUUUAUACUAGGCCAACGUGUAUGUAUCUCAUGUAUAAAUGCUAAAUUGGCUGGAACUGGAAUCUCUCAAGGAGCAGAAGUCAGAACCUUUGCAACCUAGAGACUAACAAGCUGAUUAACCCAGGCAUUCACUAAGGAUCCUUCACAUUCUGGCUCCAUCCUUCAGUUGUCAAAAGACAGUUCCAGAAAAUGUAGCUAAAUCAGAAAGGCAAGUGUUAAGGUACUCAUCUACUGUAUAUUCAAGGAGAAGUUUAAGGGUCAGAAAUAAACACUUGUAACCAUG